GCGCGGGGCGUGGCUUAGGCGCGGGGCGCCAGCGGCUGUUCCGCGGCCGAGUCGGCGCUCUCUCUCUCUGGCGGAGGGCGGGGAGGAUGGAGUGAGGGGACGGCUGAGGCGGGACCUGUAGCAGCGGCGGACCGACCGUGGGUCAUGGCCUCCUUGUGCCCGGCCAAGGGAGCGGGCGAAGGCGGCAGAGGCAACGAUCCCAGCUCCGGGGAGGAAGACAGGGCGGCCGUUGUCGCCGCGGGGUUGGGAGAGUCUCCGGGCCCCGGUUCCGACUCGGGGAGCCGGUCGUCAUCGCCGCCGCCGAGCCUGCCGGAGCAGUUCGAGAGGGCGGCGCAGCGCGUGCGGGCGCUGGUGGCGGCAGCCAGCAAAGAGCAGCUCCUCUACCUAUACGCGCGAUACAAGCAGGUCAAAUGUGGUAGCUGCAACACUCCCAAACCUGGAUUUUUUGACUUUGAGGGAAAGCAGAAGUGGGAAGCUUGGAAAGCAUUGGGUGAUACAAGUCCAGAGCAGGCAAUGCGAGAGUAUGUUGCUAUUGUGAAGAAAUUGGACUCCACUUGGAAUCCACAGAUAGCAGAAAAGAAAGGAAAGGAGGGAAAAGCUGGGCUUGGAGGACCAGUUGUCAGCUCACUAUAUCAAGAAGAAACCAUCAGGGAAGAAGAUAAGAACAUAUUUGACUACUGCAGAGAAAACAACAUUGACCAUGUAACCAAAGCCAUCCGAUUAAAAAAAGUGGAUGUGAAUACGAAAGAUGAGAAGGGCAGAGCUCUGCUGCACUGGGCAUGUGACAGAGGACACAAGGAACUAGCCUCAGUACUGCUGCAACACACAGCUGAUGUUAACAGCCAGGAUGAUGAAGGACAGACAGCAUUGCAUUAUGCCUCUACCUGUGAGUUUUCUGACAUUGUGAAACUGCUACUGGAGUCUGGAGCUGACCCUACUCUUCGGGACACAGAGGGCUACUUGCCUGAGGAGGUGACGGACUGUAGAGUGAUCACCUCCAUGCUGAAGGAACACAUAGCUGGCAGAACUUAAUUACAAGGCCAAGGAAGUGCAGGUAGCCCCAGCCGAGGACUCUCAAAAUGGACAAAAAAAACCCAACCCUGCAACAAAGCUAUCCAAUGCCCACAUAAUCAAUAUGCAUGAUGUAUUAGGAAUGGGACUUCCAGAGUGAAGGGGCUUCCUAUUGAUAUAUAUUUCUGGGAGCAGAAAAUAGAGCAAUGCAAUAUGCACUGAACAACAUGGCACAUCUUGUGACCUGCCAGGCAAAACACGGCCCCAACCAUAGCUUGGGACCUAUCAUAUGCUUGACAAACCUGUUUUUGGAGCCCCAAAAGAAACCAAAUUAGAUCUGUUGUGCUUCCGGUGGCCCCCCAAACAUACUUGGGAUCUGUCCUGUUUGGUUGGUCACAAGUUGUGCACACCUUGUACAGCGUGAGGUUCACUUUGCAUGCAGUGGGGUUUCAUCAUGACUCAAGAGGCUGACUAAAGAAGCAGCUACAUUAUGGUUGCAAUCCCGUGUACGCCUAUUCAGGAGCAAGCCCCAUAUGGGACUUGCUUUGUCAAGUGACUAUGCAUAGGAUUGACUUGUAAGGCUAGCUGCUUUAGUAAGAAGGGAAAGUGUAGCUGGUGGGCCAGGGAUGGGGAGAGAUGAGCCUGUAUAUAAAGCUGAACUAUCUCUAGCAGAUUUUGGGUAUUAGUACUAUGUCACUGUUGUUACUAGGUAAUGGAAGCAAUGGAGUUCUAUAAGAUGUAAGAUCAAAAUGGCAAAACAAGGGAGGCUGAACUGUUGCGAUGUCAAUCAACUAUGAGAACUGAUGAGAGCAUCCUUUGUGUGUAUCCCUCUGUCUCUGUGAAAUACUAUCUUGCACGAUAAAAGAUGUCAAAGAA